AUGACACAGCAAAUGAGAGACUUACAGCUCACUCAGUCUAGGAAGCAGCCGGGACCCUCCUCCCCAAAUGCCGCCAAGAGGCUGUACCGGAACCUGUCUGGGAAAUUCCGCGUUAACUACAUGUCCUUUGACGAGGGGAGCUUCACGGGGAGGAGUGAGAAGGAGAAGCUACGCAAGUCUUACCUUUUCCAAGGCAACGCCGCCCUCUUUGAAGCCGUCGAGCUGCAGGACCUUGAUAAGGUACAGGACUUGCUGAAGCAGUACAGCCUGGAGGAGCUGGACCUGAACACCCCAAACAGCGAGGGGCUCCUGCCCCUGGACAUCGCCAUCAUGACCAACAACGCUCCCAUCGCCAAGACACUGCUGCUGGCAGGGGCCAAGGAGAGUCCUCACUUCGUGAGUCUGGAGAGCCGGGCACUGCACCUGUCCACACUGGUCCAGGAAGCCGAACAGCGGGUCAACGAUCUCACUGCCCAGGUGGUGAACGAGGUGCCCAACGCAGACUGUUCGGAGAAAGAGAAGCAGCUGAAGUCCUGGGAAUGGCGCUACCGGCUUUACAAACGCAUGAGUGCCGGCUUUGAGCAUGCCCGGGUUCCAGAUCCACCCACGAAUGUUCACCUGUCCGUGGCCAGCAGCACUUCUGUGGAAGUCGUCUUCCAGGAGCCUCUGAGUGUCAACUCGGCUGUGGUCACCAAAUACAAAGUCGAGUGGAGCUGCUCCCCCACCUUCUCCCCGCCGCUGGGAGAGAUGGUGAUCGACAAGCUGAAAAACCUCCAUGUCACCAUCCGCGGCCUCGUCUCGGGUACUGCUUACUAUGUCCAAGUGUUUGCCUACAAUAUGAAGGGCUGGGGACCUCCUCAAACUUCGAUACCACCCUUUGCUAUUCCCUCAAACUGGAGAGAGUAUGAUGGGCGGGCACCACGGCGGAGGGGGCAAGCUGGAGCUUUAGACCACCUCCUCACCCAGGUGAAGACUGUGCACCAGCACUGUGUGUGUCACGAAUCUUGCAAGAACCAGCCACAGAACAGGAAGCACUCAGUCUCCAAGAGCCUAAAGUAUCUCUUCCAUCCUGGGAGCAAAUUCUUAAAGACGCUGAAAAGGGGUCUCUAUCUGUCAUCCCUAUUCUACAAAGAUGACAACAUUCUGGUGACGCAUGAGGAUCAGGUCCCUGUGGUGGAGAUAGAUGACACCUACUCCUGUCUGCUCAUGCAGGACUUCCUCUGGUUCACCAAGGUGUCUUGCAUGUGGGAUGAAAUCCUCUGGCUGCGUCAGUGCGUCACCGUCUCCCAGUCCUCCUGCUCCUGCAUUCUUCAAACACGCUUCAAGAUGCUGCUGGCCAUCUCACAGAUGCAGGGUCUGCUGGGCAUCCAGGACCUGGGACAGGUCUUUUUUGAGCCCAUCAAAGACAAGCAGGGCAACAUUUUGGUUGUGACCCUGAAGGAGGUGAAGAGCAACCAGACCUUCGAGAGUGUCCGCUGGGUUCCCCUUUCCAAGCUACAGACAAGCCGCAAAUCCGUCUCCUCUCCCGAAGAGCCCACCGCUCUGGACACGCUGCUGAUGACCCUGCAGGACAAGCUGGCUUACCACCAGAAAAGUAGCCAAGCUCUCCCCCCUGGUCUCUACUUGGGUUACCUGAAGCUCUGCAGUGCUGUUGACCAGAUCCGAGUGCUGGUGCCCGAACGGUUGCCCAACAUCCUGUGCCACGUGAAGAUACGGAACAACCCAAACGUCUCCAGGGAGGAGUGGGAGUGGCUGCAGAGCCUGGCCAGCUUGGAGGAGCCCGUCCCCCCAGAGCAGGAUCUGGAGACCACCCCCCAGAACCUCUUGCUCCAGGAGCUCCAAGGGGCAGUGAAAGAGUUGAUGCAGCUGGUAAACGUCCCGUUGCACGAGGCCAAGGAUUUCCGUCUGUACAGUCAGGAAGUUCUGGACUUUGGAGGAGAGGUCUCCUUUCUCUUGCUGCUGCCUCCCUCAGACGACGUGUGCACUGCUCCUGGUCAGAACAACCCUUACACUCCCCGGUCUGGCUUCUUCACACUCCCUCUUCAGAUCUUUGAGCUGGGUAAGCAAGACUAUGGGAUGACCCGCUGGACGGGACUUGAGCCGAGCUGCAGUCAGAGGUGCCCUAUGCAGCCCACUUUGAUUCCUCUGGAGUCACUCCGCACUGGGUUGCGCUCCCGGAGAAUCCCAGGCUGUACGGGCAUCUGGCAAAUGGAAGAGAUCUGGCGGGAAAUGCGUUGGAUGAUGGAUGCCCUGCAGCACGCCCGGUACAAGCAGCCGUCUGGUGGCAUCUCGCUCGUGUGCUUCCUCGAGGAAUCUAGCACUGCAUUGAAGGAGAAAACUCAGUCGACCUCUUCUCACUUGGACUUUUUUCCCUCGCCUACCCCAUCUCCUGAAACAAGUCGCAAGCUCAACUCGGAUUCACAUGGGAUGUCCGAUGAAGAGGGUUCAUCGGAGGUAUUUUUGGCUACGGACAGCGACUACGACUCCAGCAGGGCUCAAAGCCCCAGGGAGCUGGAUCUUGUUUACUCCUCUUCGGGGCCUGACUGCUGCAGCAGAAGAAAUCCCCGCCCUCUGAGGGACAGUGCCCCCGAUGUCCUACAGAGUCAUGAGCUGAAGACAGCCGCAAUCCUUACGGAGGAGCCUCGGCCACCCCCCGAGCUCUACGAUAGUGACUUUGUGCUCCCCAGCCGGCAGAUAGAACUGUUGCGCAUCACAGAGAAACGGCAAGCUUAUUGUGUUCGCACCAGCAGCCUGGAUUUCCCUAAGCCCCUUUGCCACGGGGCCCGGAAGUCCUGCCCCGGUUCAGUCGACAGCUCCCCGACAGAAAGCAGGACUGCGGGCCGAUGCAGCCCUGUAAGGUUUGGGACAGGCUUGGCCUUCAGCCCCAAGCACAGCUGGCCCUCAGAGAGCUCCGAGCCUGUCUUCCGGACACGCUCCGUUGAGUGGACUCAUACCUUCCAAGAGGUGCCUGAGCCAGGGCAUGUAGCAAACCGGGGCAAGUUGCCAGGAUCCACUGCGUUAUGCGUGUGCCCACAGUAUGAAACGGGGCUCUCCAAAGAGACAAACAUUAAGGACACAGGGGCAUUCUCUCUGUUAUGUCCUUUUGUGGCCCAGAACAGGAGAGUGAAGAGCUGUGUUCCCUUAACAGAGGAAUUGAUGAUGGAUAUAAAGAAUUAUGGCAGGCCAAGGGUGACGGAAGAAAGGAAGGAAAACAUCUCUGUAGUGUUGCAGAGGAAUGGAAGCAAGAGCCUGGGCAAGCUCAUUAUUCUCCCAGUGUUGAGAAUGCCUGAGACCCCGUUGAAGGAGGAAAGGAGGGGCCAGUUGGCCAUUCUCAAGUCCCUGAGACUGCGGGUCACCAGCAAGAUGACGGCAGAAGAGGUGGUGAAGCUGGUGGUGGAAGAGAUCAAUGAGAUCUCGCGCAAUGUCCUGGGAGAUGCCGACGCUUUCUGCUACGGCGAAGAGCAGCUGGGCCACUUUGGGCUUGUGUUCGUGUCCGAGGAAGUUGAGCAGUGGCUCCCCAAUGACUUCCUUCCCCUCUCGCUCCAAAAGGCUUGGCCCGACGGGAGGUUCUACGUUCGGAUCAAAGAGACUUCUCCGCUCUUGUUUCAGUAUGGGCCAGCAACAACUGUAUGA